GCAGCAGGGUCAUAAAAAUCGAAAACUUCAAAAGCAACGAAGUCAUUUUAUUUAACAUUUUGCUGCAAAUGAAUACAAUUGCACGGUUUAAAAAAUAACGAGUUAUCAUUCCCUACUGUUAAAUCACAAUCACUUAAAUUAAUAGUAAUAUCCAGCGCUCUCUCACUUCUCAGAAUUCUAUUCUGCAGCACAGCAAUUUUUACCAUAAACUGUGUGCAUGUACAUACAUUUUCCUUUAAAUUUGUAGCUUUGCAUCAGAUAAUAACGUGCAAGUGCAAGGUAUAUUUGCACUAAUUGAAAAGUGGUGUGUCUCUCUGCAACUACAUUUUGGAUUGUGGAUGUAUAGUCCACAGGCACAGUGUGAUUUUGUGGGCAAAACUUCCCAAGAAUGCUUUGGUUGUCACCAAAUAUACUUUAUGUAGUAUAGUGCCUUUGUAAAAGUGUACAAGCAAGUUUCACAUUUAAUUAUUUUCAGGUGGCAUGCGCUACAUUGGCCAGCCAGCUGAGAAAAGGACACACAGCCAAGUAAUCAGAGACAUGCAUAUUGCAUACAUCACAGAAAAUACAGUGAAUGGUUUCAAGGGCCCGUCGGCUUUAAUGAGCCUUAAAGGUUUCGACCUCGUCAAGGGAGUCAGCGUGGAAUAUAUGCACUGUGUUCUGCUAGGAGUCACGAGGCAGAUAACUGAGGCCUUGUUCAGUACAACUAACUGUUCUGAACGGUAUUAUGUUGGCAGCCCAUCAUCUGUGAGAGAAGUUAACAACCGCUUGCUCAGCAUUCAACCUCCUCACUGCAUCACACGUCUACCCCGUCGCAUCGAUGACAGGGCUCAUUGGAAGGCUUCUGAAUGGAAGCACUGGCUUCUUUUCUAUGCCCCGCCAUGCCUCGAUGGCCUGAUCCCCCAGGACUACUGGCGUCACCUGGCAAAGCUGUCAGAGGCUGUGCAUAUUCUGCUUAGAGAAAAGAUAUCUACUGAGCAGAUAGACCAUGCAGAGCGCCUCCUGUCAACGUUUGCAGCACGCUGCGAGUCACUGUAUGGUGUGACAGCAGCGACAUUUAAUGUGCACCAGCUUUACCACCUGGCAGAGAGUGUUCGACACUUGGGGCCCCUGUGGGCACAUUCUGCCUUUUCGUUUGAAAGUGGGAAUGGGCGGCUUGUAAAGUCGGUGACUGCUGCCCAUGGCCUGCCCCAUCAGAUUGUCGAGCGGGUGGCCAUGGGACAAUAUUUAGAGCAUUUCAUCGCCACUGCAAAUAUCUCGGAAGAGGACAGAGUAGUUUGUGAUCGUUUCCUCGGGCACCCACAUAUCCAGAAUGCAGUUGAAGAAGGUGGUGCAACGCUUCUUGGCCUGAGCAAGCAUGCUACGUUCAGUGUUUCUGAAAUGCAAGCUCUCAAUGACACUGGCUAUGAUGGCAGUGGUGUUGAGUGUUAUGAGAGACUUGUAUUUAAGAAACAGGUGUACCACAGCACACUCUACAAAAAUCCAACUAAAAGCGACAGCACAUUUGUGCAAACAUCAGAAGGCUUCUUCCGCAUAGAAAAAAUGGUUCGUGUGUUGUUGAGGGCAGGUCACACUUGCUUGCUGCUGUGCCGAGAAGUCCUUUUGCUGGAGGACCAUCGCUUUCCUGAGCACAUCCAGCCAUGUUUUAUAUCAGCAAAGGCUCCACCAAAAGUUUUCAGGCCAUCAGACAUUUUGAAAAGCUGUGUGUACCUAGAAUUCAGCAACACACAGAAAGCAUUUUUGUGCCCUAUGCCUAACAUGAUUGAGAGAGACUGAAGAAUGGAGUGAUGCGCCAGACAUAUUACUGAUUUCUGGAUUAUUGACUGCAUUCUGGAUAUGUGAGUACCAUUUUGUUGUCUAAUAGAA